AUGAGAAUUCUGACAUGUCUAGCAGCAGAGGCACUGGCCAGAGAAUUCCGUGGGGUCUGGAUUACCACCGUCUCCAACAUUGACUGGCCUAAGCAGCGCGGUCUCUCGCCCGAAGUCGCUCAGGCUCAGCUCAUUGCCCAGUUAGAUCUGGCGCAAGAGAACAACUUCAACGUCGUCGUCUUUCAAAUUCGGCCCCAAGCUGAUGCCUUUUAUCGUUCAGAAUUGGAGCCUUGGAGCUACUGGCUUACGAACAAGCAAGGCGUCGACCCCGGAUGGGACCCGCUAGAAUUCGCCAUUACUGAAGCACAUCGACGAGGUCUGGAGCUGCAUGGCUGGCUCAAUCCUUACCGAGCGAAUGCUGCUGAAUCGCAAAAGGACAAUCUUGACCCUCUCAGUCCAGUUCAUCAAUAUCCCGACUACGCUUACGAAAUCGGCAAGUACAUCUGGCUCGACCCUGGAGCAGACGAAAUCAAGGCCCACACAAAAGCUGUGAUCAGCGACAUUCUCAACCGAUAUGACGUUGAUGGACUCCACUACGACGACUAUUUCUACCCCUACCCUUCAUAUAACAACUACCAAGGCUUUCCCGACGAUGCUACGUAUGCCAAAUACGUCAAUGCCGGCGGAGCGAUGAGCAGAGAAGAUUGGCGAAGAGAGAAUGUCAACGAACUCAUUCGGGACACCUACGAGCUCGUGAAGAACCAUAACAGCUAUGUGAACUUCGGAGUCGCUCCUUUUGGAAUUUGGCGGCCGGGAAACCCGCCUGGAAUCGUCGGAAUGGACGCCUACAAAGAUCUUUACUGCGACUCAAAGAAAUGGCUGAACGAAGGCUGGUUGGAUUACCUCGCUCCUCAGCUGUACUGGCCGAUUGAUUCGAGUGGACAGCCGUUUGAAGAUCUUUACGACUGGUGGAAUGAACAGAAUUACGAAAAGAAACAUGUGAUGACGGGGCUCUAUGCUUCGGGAGUGAUGGAACAUGUCAAGGACUGGCCGGCGCAAGAGAUUGUUGAUCAAAUCGAACUCAUGAGAAACAAACAGCUCUCAACUGGAGUCGGAGAAAUUCAUUUCUCAAUGCAGGCUUUUGAGAAAAACACCAAGGGUCUCACAGAUCUGCUCAAAUCAACAGUCUACGCCAACAAAUCGAAUGUUCCCGCUCUUCCGUGGCGAUUCAGCGGCUAUCCUCCGAUUCCUUCGGAACCACAGUUGAGAAUCAACGACUGGACAAUCGAAAUCGAGCCGGGCUGGGAUCAUCGAAGCUACGGCCUUUACGAAAACGAUCUGCUAGUGGAUGUCAUUGGAAACGCCGGCGAAGGAACGAUCGUUUAUAAAGUUCCAAAGGAGCUUCAGAACAAGAACUUGUGCUUCAAAUCGAUGAACAAGGAUCGCCUUGAAUCGGGCUGCACGAAAGUCUGCCACUUGGGCAUCGUUGUCAACGAUUUUUGGACUUGCGGUGACUUGAAAUGCAACUUCGACUUGAACAACGCUCGAGUUUGCAUGGACGGAAUCGACGACGAGUACCUCUGCCACGCUGUUGGAUGCCUUCAUUGCCCGGCGAAUCAGUACGGAUACAGAUGUCUUUGGGAAAAUCAGUGA